AUGAAGUUCCACCGGUGGACUGUUCCUUUUGUGUUGCGUUUGCUGUCUCUGGCAGGUUUUACAUCAGCAGCCAGCGGCGACAAAGCGCUGAGUUUCGGGCUGGGAUUCGCCCUUUCAGCCACCGGGUUCUCGCUUUCAUUCUUCUACCGACCUUGGAAUACUUUCGAUUUCAAUACCUCCUUAGAUGACCCCUCACUGAGUCCCUACAGCCACCUCCUAGGCAAGAAAUCAUGGAACGUCUACAAUGCCGACAACAUCGCAAAGGUGAAGCGCGAUGAAGCAGCCGCAAAGGCCCUCGAAGAAGCAGAGGAACAGCGUAUGCAAGAGCUGGAUGCCGAACGACGAAUCCAGAUCCUCCGUGGCGAGAUUCCAACCCCCUUGGCCAUCGAAGACACGCCUCCUUCCAAUCAUGAAAGCCGAGAGAACCAUACCUAUGGCUCAGGCCGAGAACGAAAACGCAGGAAGAAAGCAGGCGAGAAUGACACUGAUUUCGAGCUCCGCGUGGCUCGGGAGGAUCAAGCUUCGGCGGCGUCGAACACUGAGACUCAACUGGUUCUGCGGAAGGACAACAAUGCGCCAUUAACAGAUCAUAAAGGGCACAUCUCUCUUUUCCCUACCUCUUCCCCUCAUCCACCUGUGGAAAAGAAUGCCGAGGCGGAGAAGGAGGCCGCGAAGAAGAAACGGGAAUAUGAAGAUCAAUAUACGAUGCGGUUUUCGAACGCAGCUGGAUUUAAGCAGGGUUUAGAAAACCCUUGGUAUUCGAAACCCACUGGUGGAGAGGUGGUAACAGAGGAAGAGGAAGUGGUAGGAAAGGAUGUCUGGGGAAAUGAAGAUCCCCGGAGAAGAGAAAGGGAGGCUAAGAGGGUUGUGGACAAUGAUCCGCUGGCUUUUAUGAAGAAGGGAGCGGCGCAAGUGCGACAGGUGGAACGUGAAAGGAAGUUAUGGCGUGAGGAGAAAGAAAGGGAGCUGAGAGAACUCAAAGAUGCCGAGAAAAGGAAGAAGCGGAAACGGAGACAUGAAGACGAAGAUCAUGAGCUGGAGAGCUUCACGUUGGAUGGCACGGAGGAGAGCUCGUCCAGAAGACGUGACAGAGAGAGGGAGCAUAAACAUCGACACCGACACUCAAGUCGAAGCUCACAUGGGGAAGAGAGGAGACACAGGCAUAGGCAUAGGCACCACCGGCAUCAUGACUAAUGAAUUACAGCUACCAUUAUAGAAUUAUAGUAACCUGAUUCUCGUUUCUUCCCAAAAUCUCAGG